GUUUAUCCCUCUUUUUGGUUCAUUAAACCCUAACUUCAGCUGCCGUUGCCACCAACGUCAGCCAUUGUUGCCGCGUUUCAGGUUUUGCGAUCUCCUCCUCCAAUGGCGACUAUACCAGUGAAUCCGAAGCCUUUCUUGAACAAUUUGACUGGAAAACCAGUUAUUGUUAAAUUGAAGUGGGGAAUGGAAUACAAAGGUUAUCUUGUUUCAGUUGAUUCCUAUAUGAAUUUGCAGCUUGCCAACACUGAAGAAUACAUUGAGGGACAAUUUACCGGAAAUUUGGGAGAAAUUUUAAUCAGAUGUAACAAUGUUCUCUACCUUCGUGGUGUGCCUGAGGAUGAGGAAAUUGAUGAUGCUGCAGAAGACUAGAAUGAUAAAAUUAUCUCAUUGUUAUAACAUAAUUAGAGACCUCUUAAAUUCAGGUUGUGUAUUUAUGUGUAGAGAUUUGGAUCAAUAUAGGUUGCCUAUGUUCUGCUUGUUUAGACCUCUUGAUUUCUACUGUUUUGAAUUUGAUUUUUCCUAGUUUGAAAAAGUUGAAGUAGUGGUCUGAUCUGGUCUGGUGCUGCUAUGCUUUCUUCUUGAAUGUUGCUGCAUAGUUGGAUAGUCGUGUUCUCUAUUGGAAAGUGAGGUCUUUCUUAUAAAUGUUCAGGCUUGUAUAUUGGGUUAAAGUUUUGUGUGAUGAUAAGUGAUAACCCAUAUUCCAUUGACAA